CCCAAAUCUGAAACUAAUUUCUACACUGAUUGUAUGACAUGUUCAGACUCACUAUGUGUAGUUCUCGAAGCUUCGCACAGGGAUCCGCCAUUUUGUAGUUUUGGCGCCGUCAUAUGUUGGUGAAAGACCGUAAACUCUGACUCUCGCAAGCAGUGGACCUGUAUUCAGAGUGUUUUCGUAGUGUGUGCGGGGUUUACAGUAGACUGUCAGGGGAUUGUGGGGAAACUGCAGCCAUGACAGCUCCAGUGAACAUCCAGACCCCGAGUAAGAACUGGGAACUGAGUCUUUAUGAGCUGCACCGGAGCCCACAGGAGGCGAUCAUGGACGGCACGGAGGUGUCAGUGUCUCCUCGAGCUCUACAUAGUGAGCUGAUGUGUCCCAUCUGUCUGGACAUGCUAAAAAACACCAUGACCACCAAAGAGUGUCUGCAUCGGUUUUGCUGUGACUGCAUUGUCACUGCACUGCGCUCCGGGAACAAAGAAUGUCCAACCUGCAGGAAGAAGCUGGUCUCCAGACGCUCGCUGCGUCGAGACGCUAACUUUGAUGCACUGAUCUCUAAAAUCUACCCGAGCAGAGAGGAAUAUGAGGCUCAUCAGCAGAGAGUUUUGGAGCGACUCAACCAUCUCCACAACCAGGAGGCUCUGAGCUCCAGCAUCGAGGCCGGGCUUCGACAGCAGGCUCGCUGCAAGAAUGACAGGAACCACAGGUUGAAAAGACCAGCUCAGGAAAGUGACACCAACCCCUUCAGUGGAGGUGAGGAUAAUGGAGAAACACACUCACACCUGUCACAUGACUCCGCCCCGUGUCACACGGCACAGUCCUGUAGCCACACCCCUUCAGAGGCGGGGCCGAGCCGCAAAAGAAGAAGCAACUCAGAAGACGGUUCGGGACCUGAGGAUGACGGGGGGAGUCUGCCUCCCCCCAGACGCUACAGAGAAGGGCAGGCCUCUGAGAUUGAGCUGGUGUUCAGACCACACCCACAUCUGGUCCACGCCCAUGACUACAACCAGACCAGGUUCGUAAAGACCACGGCCAACGCCACCGUGGACCAUCUGUCCAAGUACGUGGCUCUGCGCGUCUCCUUAGAGCACAGAAGUGCCAGCGAGGAGGCGGAGCAUAGAGGAGGAAGGGAGGGGUCAUGUUUGGGCCAAGUCAGUGAGAAACAGUUCACCAUCUACAUCAUGACCAGAGGACAGUUCACGACCCUGAAUGGUUCUCUGACCCUGGAGCUGGUCAACGAAAAGUUCUGGAAGGUCAAGAAACCCCUGGAGCUCUAUUAUGCCCCCACCAAGGACCACGCUGCCCCAGCUGACCACCAGAGGUCUCCACCUCCUCCUCAGAAGGAAGGAUGAGCAGUUUGUUAGAAAUUAAAUGUUGUUUUUUUAAACACUAAUUAUUUUUCAGCAUUUAGAUUUGAUCUGUAAAAUAUAACAGAAUAUUUUCUUUGAACUGCAGUGUUUUCAAAAAUAAAAGCUUCUGGAAGUUUCUAUUC